AUGAAUUUUGAUCGUUAUAUUGAAAAUUACAUACGUGACUCCGAUCCUACCGACUGGAACGCUCUAAACUGCCUUAAAUGUCUGAAAGAUAAUGAUGAUUUGGAUUUCACAUCCGAUAGCAAACAAGAUAUUUUAGAUGCAUUUAUAAAAACAUUUAAAAAGGUUAUUGAUUCCCCUAUCGUACAUAAUGGAGCAAAGAGAAAGGCAAAAAAAAUAUUUAAUAAUAUCAAAGAUACUUUCGAAAGAAGAGAAAUUGACGAAUUUUUUGAAGAAUUGGACCAUGAAUUUGAUAUAAGGAAAACCGAUCGGGAAGUGCAUAAAAAUGUAGAUACGGCAAAAACAUUAGGAAUUCAAGAACAAAGAAGUAAUAAAAAGAGGAAGACGGAAGGGAAUACUGAUGUGAAGAGGGAUAGUCCGUAUGAUGGUGUAUCAGGCGAUGAAGAACGAAAACCAACAAAACCACAAAAAAAGAAAACAUCAGGAAAAAGGGAAGAUAUAUUACCUGAUAGUACCAAACUUGAGAAAGCGACUCCACUGAAAUUAAUAACAUCAGAUGAUGACGAUUCCUCCCAUGAUUCUUCCAAAAUACAUGAAUCUGAUAAUGAAGAUGGUUAUAAUAGUGACGAGGAAGAUGUUCCCCUUCCAGAAGAGUCUCUCGAUUUCGUCCUUAACAAUCAAAGGAGCUGGAUCUUACCCUCAGGACAGAGCGCUGGCGGAAUUUUCACUGAGAAUAUAUCUGCAAAUGCGGUGGAAAUCAAAAAGAAGAAAAGAUUAUCAGCCGUAGAAAAAGCUAUAUUACGCUAUGGUGCAUCACGAAUAAUUGAUUUAUCAGCGCACAUGAAAGAAUGGUUCUCUCUUGAAGAUAGAAGAUUCAUGAUGAAUGAUUACAUGUCUUUGUUACAUGUUCCCGGCCUGAAAGACGAAGAAAGCUCCUUUGUCACAACUAUCGAAAAUAUGGUAAAUGAAAAAAGAAUAAACGAAGCAUACGAAUUUUGUGUUCAAAAGUUUACUAGUUCUGAUGUGAACUGCUAUGUGCGCAAGAUCAGCAAAAUAUAUUUAGAUUUUAUUUACAGAAGCGAGGAUGGUGAUAUAUUGGAUUCUGCACACACAGAGGUUGACGUAAUACUAAAAGCGUGUUCAUAUAUCGUUGAAGGGCUGAGGAAGAGUUUAGUAGUAAAACAAAGAUGGGGAGAGUCAUUCUGCCCAUUGAGCAAAAAUGCGGAUUAUAAAAAUGGUCGCAAGUGUGAUGUGCGUUUCUUAUCACCAUCAGGUGUAGACCUUGGAGAAUGGGAGUUUGCGUCAAAUUUAACGUCGCACAAGGCAAUUGGCGACCGUUGUCGAUCAGCUCGAAUUAAUCAAUCGAUAUUAAAUGGUCUGUUGAAUCGUAAUCUGACCAAUGUAGAGGUUAAGAAAAUCAAUGUGCCCUUUUUACAGAUUGCAGAAAAUAUAAUAAAUGAGGAUAACAAAUCUUUACCAGUGAAAGAGAUAAGCAUAUCUAUUGGAAAAAUCUCAAAGGAUAAACUAGAAACUGUAAAUGAGGAUAAUAAUAUAAAAGAGAAAGUCGAAUCUUUACUGAUGAAAGAGGUAUGUGAACCCGAUGAUUCUUUAGAUUCUAACUUGGAACUCUCUGAUGAUAAUGAGUUCUGUGGAUUUUCUGAUAAUUCUAACACAUUAUUUGUAAAAUCUAAUUUCAGAUACACGUCUCAGACACAGAGUAUCUUGGAUUUGCACAUCUCAGAUUUAUUAUCUUGGACCAG